GUGAUCAAUACUGUAUAAUCAUCACGGCUCCAGCUAUUGGCUCAUCCAAACACAACAUCACACAUCACGGUAUAAAGCCAUCUUUACUGAGGCUUUGCGGUAGUCACGUGAUCACAGCAGCGCGCAGCAAAGUGUUUCUUGUCUUGGACUCGGGAAAGUGCACCGAGGGACACACGGACCUCCAGACGUCCCAGCAACUUCUCAGAUGCGUCUGGGACGCAGCGCGCAUGCACACGGGGGACAUGAGCGUGCACUGCUGCGCUUUUCUCUAGACAUGAGGAUUUGAAUCUAUUUUAGGAAUGGCUUCAUUCUGAUUUAUUUUGGUUUUGUUCAUUUAUGAGCUGUACCGUUUAGCAGACGUGUAUGAUGGAGUCGGAGGAGAGCAAGAUAUCAGUGUGGGUCUGCCGAGAGGAGAAGCUCGUCUUCGGCUUGUCAAAGCGCACAACCUGCGCUGAUGUUGUCAAAGUGCUUCUGGAAGACCAAAACUCUCAACGCGGCCUCUCCACAGCUUCGCUUUCCGGAUGCUCACAAGCUUACUGCAUCGUGGAGAAAUGGAGAGGUUUCGAGAGGAUUUUACCGAACAAAACAAAGAUUUUACGGCUUUGGGCGGCGUGGGGAGAGGAGCAGAGGAACGUGAAGUUUGUGUUGGUGAAAAGCGAGGCGUCUUUGGCGAACCACGGAGCCCGGAGCGCAGAGGCGCGUGUGGUGCUCAGCAAACACAGCCCCUGUGUUGCCAAGGGGUCCGCGCGGUCUCCCAUGGGUGGCAUCUCACCUGAGAAACAGCGUCGGAUUGUAAGGAAAGCAUUCAGGAAGUUGGAGAAGAUCAACAGUAAAAAGAGGGCGCAGGCGGCGCAAAAAGACGCAUCGUCUGUGGAAAAGAUGGAAACUUUGGUACAUCUUGUGAUUUCUCAGGAUCAUACAAUACGUCAGCAGAUUCAGAGGAUUACAGAGUUGGACGCAGAGAUCGAAAGGUACGAGGCCAAGGUGCAUCUUGACAGAAUUAAAAGACACGGUGUUAAUUAUGUGCAGGACACAUAUUUAGUGGAUGCUGCUGCAGCAGCUUCGAGCCGAGAGGGAGACGAACUGUGUCCAGCCGAGACUCUUGCAAAGUUUGAGGAGUACGCCCGACGGUGUGACGAGGUGGUCAGACUGCAAGAGGAGCUGUGGGAGCAGGAAGCCCUCAUAGACACCAUCGCGAUGCAGGUGCAGGAGGAGCUGAACCACCGCUGGAUGCAGCGGAGGAAAGAGGAGACGCGGGGCGCACCGGCCCUGCCCCUCACCGACGCAGACCAAACACCAGACAACGAGCCGCUUUUGGAAGCAGAGAGGAUCAGAACACAGCUAGAUGCAAGUUUAUACAUCGGUCUGCGCCUUGACACGGAUUUAAAGGCUAUUAGGAGCGAUUUAGAGCUGACCCAGGAGAUUUGCGCGGCGAGGGAGAAGGAGAUGAGGGAUUUGCUGGAGAAAGUGGACAGUCUGGACGUGGAGGAAAAGACAGACAGCGAGGAGAGAUGCAGCCACGGGACGAAUGAUAAGACGGGGAUGACGAGCGCUUUGGAGAGGAAAAGCGAGUGGGUGGAGCAGGCCAGGGGUCUGUCAAAAGCUCACAGUGUGAACGACGACGACUCAGACACUGGUUUAAGUUCUCUGCACAGUCAGGACUCGGACAGCCACCCCGUGUGGGAGUCACUGGUUUAGGGUUUUACCAGGAAGGUCGCUAAUCUGUCAUUUCUCACCUAGAAAAAGAAUGAAAUCUGCAGUCUCAGGGAUUCUAACUGAAGCAAACCAAUAUUCACUUUACUAUUUACACAAUGACAGUGACUGAACCCAUCUUUGUAUGGCAUCAUGACAAUCCUCAUAUGUUCCUAUAUUUUAUAACUUUCUUCUUAAACUGGUUUAAGAGCUGUUGGAGCUUGUUUUCUCACCAAUAAAGAUAUUGCUUGGACACAAAAAUUAAUCCUGUUUUUGUUGGUAAACAAAUUACUUUGUCACUCUGUUAGCUGUUGCUCUUCUCUUUUUGCAGCGACCCAAAAACUGCCCAUAACAAAACUGGAAAGUGAC